GUGCCGUGAUAGAUGAUUUGCUCCGGAUCACUGUGACAUUACAGGAAACAGGUCGAUGUGAUGGUUCGGGCAGUGGCGAGGGAAACAUGGAGGCUUGUUUUCUACGCGGACUCCUUCUCUUCGCUCUGACCACUUCGACGUCAGGAGGCGAUGGACAGGUGACCUUCGUGUCGGAGCUCUCAUCCAAACCAGCUCAGAAGUUGUCCAAGUACGGUUGGUAUGGCAACGUGAGGCUGCAGAGGUUUCACAUACCGGAGGAGACCGCCGUCGCUCGCUGGCUGUUCUCCAUCACCAAGCUCCAGAACUUCCAUUGUGGACAGAAAAACGUCACCGUCCAUAUUCGAUGGGGUGCCCCUCCAGUUAUAAACCUGAUAGGCUCGGUGUUUCCCAAUGACACACUAUGGAGUCCUUGCCUGUCUCUGACCCUACCAGUAGCACUACACAGCUCCAUAACCUUUAACCACUCCGACCCUGCUCCCGGUGAUUGGUACGUUGCUGCCCACUUGCCUCAGGAUGACGGGCGCAUCGAGCAGAAGGGUCUUCUGUCCUGCGCUUAUUUCUUCCAGCCUCAGUUAUCAAUCAGGAGAGCGGUGGACACACCUAUUUUACAGCAUGGCACAUUCCUCCAGCAGACCACUGCACCUGACAGACCGGCUCGCCUUAAGUUCUAUGUUCCAGAGUUUGCCUCUUCUCUCUCCGUCUCUGUGGCGGACUGUUCUUCAGGGGAGGGAGCAGACACUGGGAACUGUUCACUGGUCGUCAGGCUGGGCUCCUCCUCUCUGCAGCAGGGCCCAGUAUCAAUGAACUGCUCAGGGACUGGCUGCUCUGCUGUGCUGUCUAACCCGCCUUGGGACACCUGGCUACGAGUUGUCGUUGACAGCAGCCAAGACAACCGCACUGUGACCUUUAGUAUCAUCGCAAACUACACAGUGGGUUGUAAGCCAAAAAGUGUCGGCCUUAAAGCAGACGACGACAUUAAGAAGCUCCGUGGAAACAGCAACUUAACAUCAGCAGGCAACAGCUCACUGGCUCCAGCCGCGGUCGCCUUAUUCAAUGACUCAGCAUCACCGCUUACCUUUGAGCCUGCGUGUGUGUGGAGCUUCCCCGUGCUCUACGAGGAGGUGGACGUUCUGUCGCUGCGGUACACCCCCGUCAGCGGACCCAACGUCAGCGUCACAAACACACACCCCACGCUGCUCACCUACCCCCUGCACACGCUAGCCACUGGUGGAACACUCAACCUGCAGCUCACACUCAACUCUACUGCUGUAAUGCUGGGGAACAGUAGCAGUGUGGUGGCCUGUCUGUCUCAAUGGGCUCCAGUUCUCGAUCUUAACCAGUCUCAACCCUGCAGCACGGGUUUGUUUGGAGGUUAUGGCCUUCAGGUGAAUGCCACGGUGACUAAAGCUGUGGUCAGGCUGCCGUUCCCUGAGUCAGCAACAUGGUACCUCACCCUGCAGCUCACAUGCAACAGCACUGAUUGCGGUAACACAUCAGUGGUGCACGUGAUCCCAGAGGUGUUUGUCAGUGCCUGUGUCGAGGACUGUGGGACAUACGGUGAAUGUAGACUACUGAGAUCCUACAGCUACCUGUACGGUGCCUGUGUCUGCAAGGCUGGCUGGAACGGUUGGGGCUGCACUGAUGAUUCGACAGCUCAGUCGUACGGACGCCAGCUGACCGCUACUCUGCUUCUGGCUCUCAGUAACGUGAUCUUCCUGCCUGUUACUGUGGUGGCCAUCAAACGCUACUACUUCACAGAGGCGUCAGUCUACCUCUUCACCAUGUUCUUCUCCACGUUCUACCAUGCGUGUGACCAGCCGGGUAUUGCUGUACUGUGUAUAAUGGACUACGAUACCCUGCAAUACUGUGACUUCCUGGGCUCUGUCUGUUCCAUCUGGGUCACCAUCCUGUGCAUGGCUCGCAUCAGGGACGUGUUCAAAUAUACUCUGUUUUUGCUCGGGACUCUGCUGAUUGCUAUGUCAAUGCAACUGGACCGCAAAGGCCUGUGGAACCUGCUGGGCCCCGUCCUCUGUGCACUGGUGAUCAUGGUCACUGCAUGGGUGUCCCGGGGGGUGCGGCGGCGACAUUGCUACCCGCCUUCUUGGCAGCGCUGGGUCUUCUACCUGAUCCCAGGGGUGACCUGUGCCCUCGUCGGGAUAUGUUUGUAUGUUUUCGGUGCAACAGAGGCAAACUACUACUACACACACUCACUGUGGCACAUCCUGAUGGCCAGCUGCGUGAUGUUCCUGCUGCCGCCGAAGGAGAAAGACAGGGAGGUGUUGGGCUGGAGCAGGGGCUGGAGCUGGAAAUGGAGCUGGAUCUGGACCUGGAGCUGGAAACCCCGGGUUUGUGGCUACACUCUCUGCGAGAACGGCAAGGAGGAGCUCUACACUGUCACAUAGAGGGAUCAAAGAGGCUAUAAGGAAGCAAAGUGACUUGGUGUUGAUUGGUAAACAUCGCUAUAAGCUCCACAAUAUCUUUAAGUCUCUGACUCUUCAAAGUUAGACCUAUAUUCUCUUACAUCUGCUGAUUUCAUAUUCACUUUCUCCUCUAGUGAGAAACUGUUCUCAUGGAUCUUAAAACUCUAGUGUUCAGACACCGUAGAUACGCAAACACCCCUGAAACCUGCUGAAACCUCUAAGGUGGCCCUCUGCACCAGCUUAGGUAUAAAUCAAACCCUUCAGGAAGCAGACCACCUGACCUUGACCUCAUGACCAGGAGUUUGUACAUGGUCUAUAUGUACAUAUUUUAUUAGACUAGAGUAUGAAUGUGUGAAAUAUUUUAAGUAAUAGCACUUUGUGGAGCUCUUCUGAAUCUUUCCUAUUCAGUCUGUCCCUGACUUUGUGGAUGAAAAUAUGGUGUAUUUAGAGUUGAUGUGAACUCUCCUCCAGGGAUUUCAUUUGUCCCACAGACCAGGGUGGAAAAGUGAUUGAUAAAACUGGAUCCACUCCAAGUUUAGCUCCAAGCGUUUUCCAGAGCUAUCAAACCGUAUCACAUGGUCUUCGUUCACCUGCUCACACCUGACAAUACCAUCCAUCCGGAAUACCUCUCCUGUGACCACUUGUGAUCAGAUCUCACUUUCCAGCUGUUUAUGCGUCGGCACAUGAGAGAGAUAGAGCCAACGGCCGAAUGACUCAAUGCACAGCUCUGAUAUGGAGAAAGAUUUGAAAAAAAAAGUAUUGAUCAUUUUGCUGUGACAAGUGUUGAUAUUGGUCAAAAGAGUAAAACACAUUUGAUAAACUCUAAAACUGUGGGUCGGGACAUCAGCCGAGUACAGUCCUUCAUAUUUGACCCCAGAACACAUUUGCAUUCACACAUUGUAAAGAAUGUUACCAAGUGAGUCCCACCCAGACCACCAUGUGGUCGGAGCGAUCUGAUCUCAGGACGCAUGGAGGAUCAUUCAGACCUGAUCUAAAAGCUGUCCCCUUGUGAUGGUAUCACUCUGGGCAUAUGUUUAUACCACAUCUAAACAGGCUCUAGUUAACUGCAGGACACUGAAUAAGAAUAAUAAAGAAUAGUAUUUAAGAAUAGUAAACAACCGCUUGUUUGCCAAAGUCUGAUGAACCCUGUCUCCGAUGCUUUCCCAUCACGCCGACAGCAGCCUCCUCAACUCUCCUCCACAGAUCAGCAGAUUCAGUGAUUCAGAUACCGAAAGCCUCCUUAUCCCAAUCCAUGUCUUUAAACACCAAAUGUCUUGACGUCGCGUUCAUGUGCCGAAACAUACGCUGCCUGAUUUGAAACCUACUGUCGUCCUGCGUGUUUAUCCUCCCUCUUUAAAGCCUCACCUCAUUUUACCAGCAGCCAUUCUGAAGCACUUUUAUGAUUAUAAAGCUGAUUCCCCUACAUAAUGGUCAUAGCCCAUACAGUUUAUGUAUGAAUGGGCACCUAAUGAAUGUAUAUUGAGAUUGCUGUGUCCAGUGCCUCCCGUAUGUACUGUGUGAAUCGGUUUUGUCUUAUGCGUACUUUCUUUUCCUAUGUUCUGUCUAUUUGCACUGUUUGAUUUUUUCCAACCUGCAUUGCCUUCCUUUUCUUUGUUCUUCUCCUGUGUGUGAGUGUAACUAAUUUAUUUUUUGUCACAUUCAAGUAUGCUGUUAUGAUCAACAAACUACGACAACAAUCUACCGCACUCGAUGCAUUUAAGAAUGAAGACAUUUAAUGUUUGAUGUAAUGCGUGGUUUUAAUUUCCUACUCUCCAAAUCUGUUCAAAACCCAAACCCUUGCCUAUCAAAAAUAAAUGUUUUUUAUGAAAAGAAA